GACACUUUGAUGUUUUGGUGACAUGUAACCGUUCUUAUCUAAUUAUAUAAUUUUUAUUCGUGUUUAUUUUAUUCUAGUUAAAAUGUUAAUUCCAACCUGUGUUAUUAAAUUUUUAGAACUGAUGCUGGCCAUUGCCUGCCUCACGCUGCACCACUAUAGCUACGAUUUAACAGACAUUCCUACGCUAAUGCUCUGCUCUGGGACUUAUGUGGGCUACGUUGUUGUACUCUCGGGUGAAAUUGUUGGGGAGAUGUUGUUCGCACCGCUGGACCUAGUGCAGGACAUGUAUUUUGGUAUCCUGGGAGUGGGGCUGUACUCAGUGAGUGGAGGCAUGGUCCUAGCGGCUAGAACGCAUGACCCCUCGUAUCCUAGGACCGGCAACCACACUGCCGCUCUGGUUGCCGCUGCACUAGCCCUCGUGAAUGCGUUCGUAAUGCUAUUCGAUUUAAGCUUAGCCUAUCUGGACUCUGAGGAAUUUGACGAUGAAGCUAGUAUUUAGGUGAAGUAGUAUCAGCGGCGGCCGACCCGUACGUGGAGGCGUGGUGGUCGGGCGCCGGUGGCGUGCUGUUCGGUGCAUGCGGUGCGCUAACGCUGCACUCCUGGUACGACGUACCACCGUGUGCCCGCCGCACCUUCGCACAGGCCGCCGCCGCGUGUGCGCAGGCCGCCGCUGUCCUUAUGGCGGUGGACUCCAUACUCUCUCUCUGCUCCGCCCACAAGGACACCGCCAGCACCAGGACUAAAAGCCACAAGGCUACCAACGCAUGACGCGUAACGUAGCACGUAACGAGUAACUCAUGUUGCAAUAAGAUUAAAACAUAUUCAGUGCAAUGGGA